CGGUGGUCGACACAUCACACGGGCGCAACAGUAUUAGCUGCUGUUCGUCUCAUCUCUGACCCAGUGACCAUGAUCACCUAGCUAGCCGAGGGAGCUCCGUCCGCCCCUCUCCAUCUCCCUCUGCCUCUCUCUUUGCCCACAGCUUCCCGCACCCUCCGGUUCCGCCCCUCUUCACCGGCUCCUCUUCCCUCUCGCUACUCGCUACUCGCUAGGCUCUAGCCCCUGGUCUGGUCCUCCCGCUGUGCCUGUGCGUUCACAGCGGAAGCGCACAGGCGCGAGCAGUAAGGGGCCGCUGGACCGAGGAGGCCGCUGGCUGCUCUGCCGCGCUGCAGCAAGGCUGCAAAGCUGGCGGCUUCUGUCCACCGGGCGUCGCCAUAAACAGUGGAGAUUCCCAUCCCCAUUUUCCCAAUUAUGGAUACCCAGCGUCGACCGGGGGAGCACUGCUGAGGCCGCUCGCCCGCCUGCCAUUGCUCCCGUCGAGGGUCAUAGCUUAUCCUACAUAUUGUAGCUCGGCAACCUGUUCAGCAAAAUGAGGCCUUCAGAUGACAGGGCGCAGCUUUCAGGCUUUGCACAAUCAGAUGAAUCGACACUUGAUGUGGAGGGACAUUGCUACCAUCAACAGUCAUUCCCUUGUUCUCCAUCAAUGCAACCAAUUGCUUCUGGGUGCACACACACAGAGAACAGCGCGGCAUACUUCUUAUGGCCAACAUCAAACCUACAGCAUUGUGCAGCCGAGGGGCGUGCAAACUACUUUGCCAACCUUUCAAAAGGACUUCUCCCGAAGUCUGGCAAGUUGCCCAAGGGCCAGCAAGCAAAUAGCUUGCUUGACCUGAUGACUAUAAGAGCUUUCCAUAGCAAGAUAUUGCGGUGUUUCAGCCUUGGAACGGCGGUGGGCUUCCGCAUCAGGAAAGGGGUUCUGACAGAUAUCCCCGCAAUUCUUUGCUUUGUUGCUCGCAAAGUUCACAAGAAGUGGCUUAAUCCGACCCAAUGCCUUCCUGCCAUUGUUGAGGGUCCAGGAGGUAUUUGGUGUGAUGUUGAUGUUGUUGAGUUUUCAUACUAUGGUGCACCAGCUCAAACUCCAAAAGAGCAAAUGUUCACUGAGCUUGUUGAUAAGCUGUGUGGCAGUGAUGAAUGUAUUGGCUCCGGCUCUCAGGUUGCAAGUCAGGACACUUUUGGAACUUUGGGUGCCAUUGUAAAACGGCGAACUGGCAACAAGCAGAUAGGUUUCCUCACCAACCGACAUGUUGCGGUUGACUUGGACUACCCAAACCAGAAGAUGUAUCAUCCAUUGCCACCCAACCUUGGGCCUGGUGUUUAUCUUGGAGCUGUCGAAAGGGCAACAUCUUUCAUCACGGAUGAUGUUUGGUAUGGAAUCUAUGCUGGAACAAACCCAGAGACAUUUGUACGUGCCGAUGGGGCAUUCAUCCCAUUUGCUCAUGACUUUGACAUCUCCACAGUCUCAACCACAGUUAGGGGUGUUGGUGACAUUGGGGAUGUCAAAUUUAUAGAUCUGCAGUGUCCACUUAAUAGCCUCAUAGGGAGGCAAGUAUGCAAAAUCGGCAGAAGUUCUGGUCACACAACUGGAACUGUGAUGGCUUAUGCCCUUGAGUACAAUGACGAGAAAGGAAUAAGUUUCUUCACUGACCUCCUUGUUGUUGGUGAGAACCGCCAAACGUUUGAUCUAGAAGGUGAUAGUGGAAGCCUUAUUAUCCUGACUGGCCAGGACAGCGAGAAGCCGCGUCCUAUCGGGAUAAUAUGGGGUGGAACAGCAAACCGUGGGAGGCUAAAGCUUAGGUGUGACCAUGGCCCUGAAAAUUGGACCAGUGGUGUUGACCUUGGCCGCCUUCUGGAUCGUCUUGAACUUGAUCUUAUCAUAACCAGUGAAUCACUCAAAGAUGCUGUGCAGCAGCAAAGGCUUGCGAUGGUGGCCGCAGCGAACUCUGCUGUUGGGGAGUCGUCAACUGCAGCUGUUCCUGUCCCGGAAGAAAAGGUGGAGGAGCUCUACGAGCCUUUGGGGAUUAAAAUUGAGCAGCUGCCUCGGCACGACGUUUCAGCCUCUGGGACUGAAGGGGAGGAGGCAGCUGUGGUCAACGUGGAAGAGCGCCAGUUCAUCUCAAACUUUGUGGGCAUGUCCCCCGUGCGCGGUGACCAAGAUGCUCCAAGGCAAAUUGCCAACCUGAACAAUCCAUCAGAGGAAGAGCUCGCCAUGUCGCUGCACCUAGGCGACCGGGAGCCCAAGCGGCUUCGCACAGACACAGAAUCCGACCUCGACCUGGAGAAGUGAAGCUCUCAGUUCAGCGUCUCUACAUUGAGAAGUCAUAAGUAGUUCGAAGGAGGUCACCUGUGGUUCAGCAAACUGAACCUGCAGGCUGCAGCCGUAGCUUAAACCAGCAGCUUCCUGGCGCAAGCGUUAUCAUGUACUAUGGUGCAACUUGAUUCAGCACUUGUAGGAUGUUAGGCGGUAUCCCCUGCAGUUUUGCUGUGCUCAUGAGACUUGAUAUGCACAAUGCUGAAUACCCCUAUCAUCAUAAAACAAUGCAGGGAUUGAUGAAGUGGUCUUGAUGACUUUUUCUUUCGUAGUACCAUUAUCGGUGGAAUAUUUUCAAGAUCAGUAGACCAGCUUCUUGAAA